UGCAAAAUACGAAAUACGUGAGAAUUGCUUAAUCUAUUUACCUUUUGUUAAGAGUUUAAAUAUUUGGUCACGACGGAUUCCUAUCUCAUUUAAAUAGAAUUAUCAAACAGACACAAAGAUUCCUUAGCAACUAUUUCCUGAUAGAGUGCGCCCUAUGCAUAUUCGAUAAAAUCUUGAACGCUGUUAACAUUAUUUCAGUAAUUUUAAGAACACAGAGAUGGCGGCGCUUAUAAAGUCUUAUGUUAUUAUAAUUAAAAGAAUAAAUAAAUCGAUUUAAGCUAUUUCAUCAUACUCGGCCUGUAGAGAAAUGGAUUAUUCACACUUUAUUGUACGAAAGGUUGAAGGGGUUUUGUAGGCACAAUAAAGAAAAAUAAGGUUUUAAAGGUUAGGACGGUACUUCGAUGCCGUGUAUCAUGCUAAUGCAAGAAAUCGGUGUUUCAGAAAGUUACAAUGUUGUCCUUAGGAAUUUGUAGAAAUGUUCGUCGAGCUAACUUACGAGAAAUUGGUAAAUGUACAAAAAGUGAAGCGAUUGUCCGAUUUGGUAACAGAUAUCUUAGAUUGGAAGCUGGAGUUGUAUCAAUACCUCAAAUGGAUAACUUAAAUCAAUAUAGAAGUUACAGCACUGAGCCUAAACCACAACAAAAUAUUCGUUUGCCACAACUCUCAGACUUCCCAAUGCUGUUUUGGCCAAAUUUCUUUAAAUCCAUUCGCAAUUUUAUUCUUGUUCAUAUGGUGAUUAAACCAUACAUGGACAAUGAAUUUAAUUUACAAGAAUUUGUUGCAGCAUCAAAGCAUGCUGUGUCUCGAGUGUCUAGAGCAUUAGCGAUGGAAGAAUAUGAAAGCUUGGAAGGUCUGGUAAGUGAUGAGUUACUAGCAGACUUGAAAUCAAAAAUAAGUAAUUUUGCACUGCGACAAAGAACUCGUCUUGCUGUUGAGAAGGAGGAUAUAUAUAUGUGUUUUCCAUAUGAAGUUGGCGUCAUGUUCAAAGACGAAGACUCCAAAAGACGCUUUGUUGAAAUAACAAUGAUCUAUCAUGUAAUGACUGGUAUUGGAAAAAUGCGAGCCGAGGGUGAACUAAUACCUAUAAACAUAGGAACGAUGCCAGAGUAUCAAGAAAAAAUGUAUAUUCUUAACUAUCGUUUUAUACGAGAAUUUACCAGUGGCGUUCAAACACCUUGGGUCAUCAACAUGAUCAACCACUUCAUGCCCAUUGAUAACUUGAAUUGACUAAGUAUAAUAAAGAGACAAUCGGAUCCUGUGUUUAUGAUUAAAACUAUAUUAGUAUGAAAUAGACUACCUUCGCUUUCCUGAUAAUGAUUCAGUGGAUCCACUCUUAGGUAUGGAAUUAUUUUUCAUAAUAGCAGACACGACUUUUGGUUAAGUAUAGCCAAAGUAUGGUGUCCUAACUCAUCAUAACUUUAUAGAAUUAUCUAAAGAUCAAUCGCAUUAACAGCUCUGUAAGUGUAUAUAUAACCAUAGAUACAUAUAAUUCUGUACAAUUCAUGUAAAAUAGAACUUAAAGUAAUGAUAAAGAAAUAUCUUAAAGGAUUUAAGUAAAAAAAAAAACUAAAAAGAAAUCUUUAAAUGAAGAUUAGUCAAGCCAUCUGCAUCUGCCCUUUUCAGUCUUCUAUACAUACAAAGAGAAGUUUUAUAAAUAAUUACUUCGUUCAAACUCCACACGCUUGUUCAAGUUCAUGUAAUAAACAGGGAAUAUAAUCAUUCAUAUUAAA